UGUGUUCUGGAUGGAGUGCCAGCUCAUAGUGAAUAUUUUCUCUAGACGAAUUUCACCGUAUGAAAGAUUUUUUAUCCAGACCAGCAUGUGCGGCUCUGCAGUUGAAGAGAAAUCAUUGGUCUGUUGCGCCAGGCUAAUCCAGACCGAAAAUCGUGACCUCGGAGGAGUUUCCUUGCUGAGACCACCACAAUGUGGACGGGAUAUCUCGGAUCGUAUCUCUAACGGACAAGCUAACGAACUGAAUGAAUUCCCUUGGAUGGCGCUUAUUAAGUAUCGCAAAUCGGAAGGAGAAUUUGGCUUCCACUGUGGCGGAUCCUUAAUCAAUUCGCGGUAUAUCGUUACUGCGGCGCACUGCACUAAAUUGAUUCCAAAUGAUUGGCAGGUGGUUGGCGUUCGACUUGGUGAAUAUGAUCUUUCGAACGAUGGUCAGGACUGUAAUGAGGGAGUAUGCGCUGACGUUCCAGUCGAUGUGAGUAUUGAUAAGAUUAUAGUUCACAAGGAUUAUGAUAAAAGAGUGAAGGCCCAAUAUAACGAUAUAGCGUUGAUUAGGUUCGAUCGGGAUGUUUUAUUUUCGAAUUAUAUUCAACCGAUUUGUUUGCCGGUGGACGAAUCAGAACGAUUGAGUAACAUCGUGGGGACGAGAGCAGUGGCUGCCGGAUGGGGACGGACAAAGACAGCGAGUAGCAGUGAUAUCAGAUUGAAAGUUGAGUUAGAUAUCAGGUAUACGACGCAGUGUUCAAACAUUUUCAGACCUUCCGGAGAACUAUACGCGACACACAACUGUGCGCUGGUGGAAAGAAAGGCGAGGACACCUGCAAAGUUAGACGAGAGCUCAUUUCUGGUUGCUUGGUUUGCUAAAAAGGUAGAGGUCAGUUAUCAGUGGUACGGGAUGUUGAUCGGACCAGGAACGCAUGUUGCUCUAACCAUGCGCAACCGUGCGAGACUGUUUUUACUGGGCCUCCUGCUAGUAGCUUUGUUUUUGGAAGGAUUAGCUCAAGGUGAAAAUCAACCAUGUACCAACCCGAUGGGAGAAACUGGAACAUGUGUGCCCUUCAAGCAGUGCCAGCCUCUGGUGGACAUCUACUCCAAAUCAGUGGUUGACCCUGAAGAAAAUAAUUUUGUUCAGAGCAGUAUAUGCCGGUCUGCAGCUGGGGAAAAGACAUUGGUCUGUUGUGCUGGGCCUAUCCAGACUGAGAAGCGCGGCCCAGAAGGAGUUUCCUUGCUGAGACCGCCGCAUUGCGGACGGGAACUUACGAAUCGUAUUAUUAGGGGACAAGCUACCGAACUGGAUGAGUAUUCUUGGAUGGCGCUUUUAAGGGUGACUUUUCACGACACGCAGCUGUGCGCUGGUGGAAAGAAUGGCGAGGACACCUGCACAGGUGAUUCUGGUGGUCCACUGAUGAAACGCAUUAAAUCAACCUACUACAUGUUUGGAAUAGUCAGUUUUGGACCAAAAAAUUGCGGAAAUAAAGAUUUUCCUGGCAUUUACACAAACGUGGUCAAGUAUCUUGAUUGGAUUGAGAGUCAUCUAGAAUAAAACUACACCGAAGAAUGUAUGUAAAGUAACAACUUUAGCCGUGCGGGGUUGACAGAGUGAAGAUAUUGGAUAUGAUAAUAUAUUAA